AUGAGCAAGUCCUUGGCGUUUGCCGAGGUGGCGCAGCACAACAAGAAGGAUGACCUGUGGCUGAUCAUCCAGGUCGACGGCACGCACAACGUGUACGACGUCACCAAGUUCUACGACGACCACCCGGGCGGCGGCGACCUCCUCACGCAGGCUACAGGGCGCGACGCCACGGACGAGUUCGAGGACUACGGCCACAGCAACCACGCGCGGACGCUCCUGAAGGACUACCUCAUCGGGACCCUGUCGGACCCGGAAUCCCUCAAGGGGGCGACGAAGCGGAAGGCCGGCGCGGCGGUGUCGGCGGGGGGCUCCGGGAAGGAGCUGCCUGAGAAGUCAAUGUUCACCAAGGUGCUGCAGACGCUGCUGCCGCUGCUGCUGGUGCUCGCGGCGCUGGGCGUCAAGUUCAUGGCCGCGAAGGACGGCGCGAAGGCCGAGCUGUAA